CUCUCUCUCUCAGUUUCUCUUGCGCAUCGUUUUCAGGAAGCGUCUGUUGCUUCUGCUUUUUUCUGUGGUUUCCUCCUCUUGCACUUCAACCCUCCCUUGUCACUAAACGCUAAACGUUUUUUCAAACAAGGAGACACACACACACACACACACACCAGAGCCCACUAGAAGUUUAACAUUCGGACAGGUGUCUUCUUCUCUUCUUCGUUCACACUUCCUAUCUUUUCGAGGAUAAACUUCAGUGUUGUUGGACAGACAGUGGAUGUUACUGAAAGGAUGAAGAAAGAUGCUUCAGCGUGCGUCACUCUCAACCAGAGGAUGAGCAGACAGAGGCCUAGUGCUGAGCAACGUUACUGAACAGCUGGAGGGCAUUCAAAACUUGAUUCACUUUGCCUGAAGGACAGCUAUUGUUCAUAAAGUGAAUGUUAGCAUUGUAAGUGGCAUUUCUGCUUCCCUUUUUUCCAGACACAGUGUUUUUUGCAUACAUAUGUGUGUCUGGUGUGUUUUUCCCUCCAUUUUGAAACGAACAGGAGAUUGCUCAAUAUAGGACUGUGUGUUUUGCUUCUUAUGCAUUAAAUUGAUGGUAAAACCCUAUUUUUUUUUAUCGGUAGAGUACAAGAUUACAAAAUUCUGAUUAUUUUUGUUUUUUUGCUACUUUUUCCCUUUGAUCUUUCCUCCUGCUCUUGCUGUUUUUGACAGCAUGUCAUAAAAGAAAUGCUUCAGCCACUUUUUUGGACCUGACCGAACCAAAGAACAUUGUGGAGAUUCGUAAACUUUCGAAAAAGGCAUUGGAUUUGAUCUUUAAGAGUUGACUGGCCGUGAUUGGUCAGAAGCCGUUUGCUGUGGGAAUUGUCACUUGCUGGAGGUUGGGAUCCUGGAAUACUUUCGGAAGGUAGUGAUGGGUAAUGCGGCAGGUGGCCUAGAGCAGCCGGAGGGCCAGGAGGCCCGGGCCUCGUUGGGUGGGACCAGUCCCUUACCUGGCACAAUAAAGAAGAAAACGGCCCCACCCAAACUCCCCAUGCCCCCCGAGGAGGAACUAGAGGAGCGCUUCAAUGUGGUUUUGAGCACCAUGAAUCUGCCUCCAGACAAGAUGAUGCUUCUUAACCAGUACGACAAUGAGAAGAAAUGGGAACUGGUCUGUGAUCAGGAGCGUUUCCAGGUGAAGAAUCCUCCAUCAGCGUAUCUGAACAAAAUCAGGAGUUUCUACCAGGACCAAGGAGGAGUGACCCGCAGGUUCAAGAAGAGGAUUCAGGAGUCCACUCAGGUUCUGAGAGAGCUGGAGAUUUCCUUGCGGACAAAUCACAUUGGAUGGGCACAGGAGUUUCUGAAUGAAGAAAAUCAGGGUUUGGACGUUUUAGUGGAAUAUCUGUCCUAUGCCCAAAGUGAUGCACCGUUUGAGGUGGAGUCGGUGGAGAAUGGAGGCUCAGUCACAGAUAACAGAAGGCUGUCCGAGAGGUCAGUGGAGGACCUUACCAAACACACCAAUCACUCACCGACCCACGGCAUGACCAGAGCUGCUCGUGCAUUGACUGUCCGAUUAACCAAUCUGGCCCACCACAGAAAGACAAUGCGAAACGCUCGCUUAGCUGGCCAAAGAGAUGACGUCCAUGUCUGCAUUAUGUGCCUGCGAGCUAUCAUGAACUACCAGUCUGGCUUUAACCUGGUGAUGAGCCACCCCCGCUGUGUCAAUGAAAUCACCCUCAGCCUCAACAACAGGAACCCCAGGACAAAAGCUCUUGUGCUGGAGCUUUUAGCUGCUGUGUGUCUUGUGAGAGGUGGACAUGACAUCAUUAUCUCAGCCUUCGACAACUUUAAAGAAGUUAGUAGUGAAAAGAACAGGUUUGAAAAGCUGAUGGACUAUUUCAGCAGUGAUGACAGCAACAUUGACUUCAUGGUGGCCUGCAUGCAGUUCAUCAAUAUUGUGGUUCACUCAGUGGAGAACAUGAACUUCCGGGUGCACCUCCAGUAUGAGUUUACUCACCUGGGCCUGGACCAGUAUCUCGAGACACUGAAGCUGACAGAAAGUGAUAAUCUUAAGGUCCAGAUUCAGGCCUACUUGGACAAUGUGAUAGACGUGGGUGCUCUGCUGGAGGAGGCGGAGAAUAAAGGAGGAGUUUUGGACCACGUGGAGGAGUUACAGGACCUUAAUGCACAGCUGAAUGCGAGGCUGCAGGACUAUGAGAAUGGAGAGAUGGAGAAAGUGAAUGAACUGGAGCAGCAACUCAUGCAGGCCACGAAAGAGUCUGCUCUACUGAAGGAGAGUUUGCGGGAGUCCUGUGCUCAGGUGAGCACUCUGCAGCAGAGGGAGCGAGAGCGUGAGAUAGAGAGAGAGCGAGAAAAGGAGCUUGAGAGGAUCUGCCACUCUCCUCAAGUAGAAAGAGAGAUAGAUCCAAUGAAAGAGAAGGAGAGAGACUCCAAGCUGGAGCUGAAACUGAGAGAGCUCCAGGAUAAAGGUUUGGUCCGGCUGGAAAAAACAGCUUCUGGGUGUCUGGAUAUUGAGGUCAUCCCUGUGACCAUAGUGCAGACUGUACAAGUACCGGCCGAGACAGCUGUCACUCAAACAGACUCUGGACCGGCCAGUGCAGCUGCUCCUGCUCCAGCACCUCCUCCACCUCCUCCUCCACCUCCCCUGCCUGGGUCUACAGAGCCAUGUGGAGUCUCAGUACCACCUCCUCCCCCACCUCCGCCACCUCCUCCAGGGUCUGAUGUUCCUCUCCCUCCUCCACCUCCUCCUCCACCAGGAGGAGGACCACCUCCCCCUCCACCCCCACCUGGCUUUGGACCUCCUCCUCCUCCUGGAGCUCCGCCUGCCCUGGGGGCUGACACUGGUGCUAAGACUCGUAAACCCAUUCAGACGAAGUUCCGCAUGCCGCAGCUGAACUGGCAGGCUCUGAAGCCCAACCAAGUGGAAGGAACAGUGUUUAAUGAGCUGAAUGAUGAGCAUCUGUUCGAGGAGUUGAAUAUGGACUUGUUUGCAGAAAACUUUAAGACGAAAGCGCAGGGUCCUCCAGCAGACCUUUCCAAGCUGAAGGUAAAAGCUAAAAAGGCUCCAACUAAAGUGUCCCUUCUGGAGGCCAACAAGGCUAAGAACCUGGCGAUCACCCUCCGCAAGGCCUGCAUGAGCCCUGACAAAAUCUGCACUGCCAUUGAAACGUACGACCAGCAGGCUCUGAGCUUGGACUUCCUGGAGCUUCUGGAACGUUUCAUCCCAUCCGAUUAUGAAAUGAAGCUGUUGCAGAACUACGAGAAAGAGGGACGCUCCCUAGAGGACCUGGCUGAGGAGGACCGUUUCAUGAUAAGCUUUGGCAAAAUUAAGCGACUUUCUCAACGAAUCAACACACUCACCUUCAUGGGCAACUUCUCAGAUACCAUCAAGCGACUGCAGCCGCAACUGGACUCCAUUAUCGCUGCCUCCAUUUCUCUCAAGUCCUCCACCAAGUUGAAGAAGAUUUUAGAAGUCAUCCUGGCCUUUGGGAAUUACAUGAACAGCAGCAAGAGAGGAGCAGCCUAUGGCUUCCGUCUACAGAGCCUUGAUUUGCUGCUGGAAACCAAAUCCACAGAUCGCUCUCAGACCUUGCUGAACUUCAUAGUGAGCAUGGUGCAGGAGAAAUAUCCUGAUCUGGCCUCCUUCCAUUCAGAGCUGCGCUUCGUGGACAAGGCUGCACUGGUCUCUUUGGACAGUGUAUUGCAGGAUGUGCGAGCAUUGGAACGAGGGAUGGAGGGAACCAAGAAAGAGUUUCUGGUGCAGGAUGAUAUCCCAGCACUGAAACAGUUUGUUAAGGCCAACAGUGAUGUGCUGGAUUCUCUCGUUAAAGACAGCAAGACGGCUCAGGAGGCGUAUAUCUCAGUGGUGGAGUAUUUCGGCGAGAACCCCAAGACCACCCAGCCCUCCAUGUUCUUCCCCAUUUUCGGCCGAUUUGUCAAAGCUUACAAGAAAGCAGAGCAGGAAAAUGAGCAGAGGAAGAAGCAGGAGGCUGCUGCUGCUGAAGAGCAGUCAACCCCAUCUCCAAAAAAGAAAGACGCCACGCCACAAAAGGGUCCUAUGAUGCCCAUGAUGCCCAAGAUGGAUCUGAUAGCUGAGCUGAAGAAGAAGCAGUUGAAGUCACCGGUUGCUGAUGGAGCCAUCGAGGGAAUCAUCACAGACUUGAGAAAUUCGCCAUACCGUAGAGCAGAUGGCCGACGACCAGCCCAGCGACAAGACAACUAACGGAGUGUUCAUUAUUGCUAUUCACACACGCACACGCAAAUUUAUACCAGCCUAAACACUCCACACAGCCAUAUAAACAGUUUUAUUAUGCUUAUGCACAUUAUGCUUAUGCAAUAAAAACACCGUGCAGACACACUCUCAAACCCACUCACCUGUCUCCGGCGAUACACUCAGAGAAAAAAAUAAAAAAGAGCUGAUGCAUAUUGUGCUGAAUAAACAAACCCAAACACACAAACUGCACACUAACACAUACAUGCUAAUACAGUAUAUGCCAAUACGUCUUUUUUUUGUACCAUCAGUCUCUGGAGCCUGUUGCUGUAUAUAACACAUAUUUAAAAAAAAAAAAAAAAAAAAGAGACAUUUCCAUUGUAUUUUAACGUUUUUAUGUUUACUUUGUAAUAAUGUUGAGUAUAUAAAGCUACUUUUCUCAUAUUAACAAAAUACAGCAACACACAAUGUAUUGUAAACAUCAAUACCAGUGUUAAAUUAUGAGUUUUGAACAGAAAAUGAAAGAAAUGUUUGCUUGUUUUUUACUAGAUGAAUACAAGUGAAGUAUUAAUAAAAAGUGUUUCUAAAAAUGAACAAAACUGAGAUAAUAAUAAUAAUAAUAAUCAGACAGUAAAGAGGCACAUUUCAAGCAUGCAAGAGGUUCUUUUGUUAAUAGUUAAUAAAAGCUGUAUAUAAAGCCUUAUAUCUAUUUAGGAACCAUAAAUGAGUCUCAUAAAUGCUUUUAGACAUUUUAGAUCUACAUUUACAUCUACAGUGUGCUACCAUAUAAAAUGUACUGUGCCUUUUUUGUUGUUUAUAUUGCCAAAGUAUUGUACAAAGAAUUUUUGAGAAAAGAAUAUAACUGUAAUAAUUUCACAAC